GCUCCUCGGCGCCGUGCGUGUCUCCAUGGCCUAAGAAUGCCCCUUCGAUGCCGUGCAGAGUGCCAGUCGAGUCCUAGCGCUGUGCUGUAAGCCCGUUCCAUAUAAUCCUACGGGCCCGGCCCAAGGUUUGCGACCAACACCACGAUCCCCAUCCAAGUGCCACUCCACCCUCGCCCAUCUUCACCACGCGACCUCGCCACCCUUUGUCUUCUGAAACCCGUGCGCCGGUGCCUGGCUAUACCUGCCUCUUCACCACUCACAGCCCAUCCACCACCACACCAGAGCAGCCCAGUCCCGACGAGCGCGGCAACUACACCCCUCUGGGCUAUCGAUUGUCAGCUGAGCCACGACCCCGACCCACCACCACCACCCAGAGCUACCACCAUGAGACGGUAGAGAUAAGGCAGAGAGCAGGAACCAUGGACUUUACGAUCUCCCUCGCACACUUCUGCGAGACCCACGGUCCGACCUCCAUCAUCUGCACCCAGGCCUCGACCUCGCCCUGCGGCUCCUGCAACCCAUGUGUUACGCCGCCGUCCGAAGAGCCGCAUUCGGCCUACUCCUACAACGGCCUGUACGAUCAGCCCACCACCCUCAAGCUUAACGCGCGCCUGCCACAGCUCACGUCGCCCUUCGAGUCUCCGCCCAACAGCCCGCGCUCCCCCACGCACAACCCAUACUUUCCGAGCUUUCCCUCCUCUUCCGGCAGUAGUUUUGGCGGAAGGAGAACCAGCAGCACCAUCGACUCCGAUUCGGACGCCUGCGAGAACUGCCAGAUGGUAGUGCCCCAGAAGUACAGCGACAAGAUCCCCAACGGCGCCCCUGGCAGUCCUACAAAAGACGGGCGAGGACGAAACGGCAGCCCGGUAUUGCGAAGCUCCCAGAACUACCCAGUGCGACGGCCAGUGUCCCGAGACGACCUCAGUAGCACGGAUUCGUCCGAUGUCUCAGACACGGAGCAGUCGACUUCCUACCAGAGCGGCGCCUCGGGCUCGUUCCCAGACUCAAUACCUCCCUCACCCAUGCUCGUGUCGAGAGGCAUACACACCCACACAUUGAACUACAUCUCCACCAGCCAGCCGCAGUCGCCCAGCACCUACUCGCUCUUGCGACGCACCUGCAUCCGUACAUUGUCCACCGAGGUCCUUCCCCUCAGCAAGCCAUCAGGGCCCAUCAUGUUUGGAGACUCAGUCGCUGGCUACACCAUCGCGUACGUUUUUCGUCUGCAGGAUCCGCGUUCGCGAGGAGCUAAGCGCACCUACGCCUUCAUCGCCAUGGCCGGUCGCGAUUACCGGAGAGCCACAAAGGCCAUGGUGAAGAUCAUCGAAGCGUUUGAGGGCAUCGCCAACCGGAUCAUCUCCCUGGCUGAUAGAGUCCUUGAACGUGAGAGUGCAGCUUCGCAGGUCCUCUCACGUCCCACCACCGCCAUCUCUGGAAACACUCCUCCUCUUGGAACCUCCGCCUCUUCAAUGCCACCCAAUUUCUCCGCACCGCACAAAGAACGGACCUUCUCCACAACGAGCACCCCCAACUUUCGCAACAUCACACCGGUGUCCUCUUUCCUGUCAGCGAAGAAGGUCGACCCAGAUGGCUUCCCACGUGUGUCCCGCGACGUGAUGAAGGCAAAGAGCCUCGUCGAGAUUGUUGGCCAGGAGAACUUCUUUGUCGACCUCCACGGGCUCUUCUGCCAUCUUCUGCACUCUCUUAUCAAGCAAUUCGGGUAACCUGUCCUUCCCACGUUGCUUUGCCUCGUUCUUACGUCUUUUCCUUCUUUGUAUCUCUUUUUUGUCGUUUAUUGUCGUGCGUUACAGCGUCUUCGUCCAUUAUACAGUGCGUUCAAGCACAGGCGUUGGGGCAGGUGUGAUUGCUUUAAAAGACCUUCGAGUCGUCAGAGCUGAAGUAGCUUUAUACCCUUUCGAGAUACCCCAGGCUUCUCUUUCUGCCGUUGGGAUCGAGUAGUACACAUUAGACGUGGACUCAUCUUUACAAUGGCGUUUCAGGGUGAGUAAUCGGGGACAAGAGGAGGUGUUUACGAUGGUACGGUCGUUGCUAGGAUACGACCAUGAAGUCGAUGGCGUGAUGGCCGUGAUGGAUUAGGUGAUGGUAGUCUAGCCUGUUUGUAGAACGAAACUGCACAAUACCGUUU